AUGAAAGUUAGUGCAGAAAAAGUUCCUCUCGAAACAGAUCAAGGAAUCGUUGAAAGCGAGGAACGUAGAUGGGGUCUUCCAUUGCGGGAAGUUUAUAAACACGGACUAGUCUUUUAUAAAGAUAAAGAAGGUAAAGCAAUUCACUUGAGUUAUGAAGAUAGAUUAAAGCUAGUUGCAUAUACACAACAAACUGCCCAUGGGCCUCUAGACGUAAAUUCAGCUUCACCACUAGGCGUUCUAGAUGUAAUUGGACGGGAUAGAAGAGCUGCUUGGCAAGCUCUUGGUCAAAUAUCUCAAAUUCAAGCUAUGUCCGGUUUUAUACAUACAUUAGACAGAUUAUGUCCUUUAUUUAGACCAUAUAUAGAGGCUAUACAAAAAGAUUUGGAGGCCAAACAGCAACUGGAAUUACAAAAAGAAAAAGAGGAGCAAAAUCAUAUAGAGCUAGAAAAUAGGAUAAUUCAAGAAAAAGAGAAGCAACAAAGUACUAAACUAACAGAGGAACAACAAGUCCAAAGAAUAAAGGAUGCCCUAAAUGCACAGUCAUAUGACCAGUUUUUGGAAUAUGCAAGACAACAAUUUCCUGGUAACUUUGAUCAGCAAGCUGUUCUUAUACGUCAGCUACAGGAUCAGCAUUACCAACAGUAUAUACAGCAGUUAGCGGUAGAUGAACGACUGGCUAAAUCUAAUAUCAGUUGCAAGGAGGAUGAUAAUAUUGCAACCUCUAAAGAUUGUAAUUCUAAUGAAACAGAGAGUAUUGUAGAUAAUAAGGCAAUGCAAACCAUAGAGAAGGCAGAAAUAAGUGAUUAUAAUGACGAAUCAAGAGAUGAUGACGGUGAAUCAGAAAUAGAUGAUGGCCUCCCACCUGUAGAAGAUGCGCGUAUGUGGACUCGCAAAGAAGUAGAAGAAUUCAAACAGUCAGCUCGAGCCAAUGGCGGUAAGCUGACUGUUGGACAUGGGGAAACAGUCACAGUUCGCGUUCCCACGCAUGCUAGAGCUCGGUCCAUAUGCUGGGAGUUCGCUACAGACCAUUAUGAUAUAGGUUUUGGUCUACACUUUGAGUGGAGCAAGUCGGCGACAUCAGAGGUGACAGUGCACGUAUCGGAAUCUGAUGAUGAAGAAGAUGGAGAUGAUGAUGACGAUGCUGAUGAAGAAUAUACAAUCCAGAACAGUUCAGAUCCUGAGGUGGGAUCUAGCAAACGCGUGUUAAGCUCCUCUCGACCACUUGUCAGUCUCAUUGUGCCCAUAUAUAGGCGGGAUUGUCACAGCGAGGUAUAUGCCGGGUCUCACACAUAUCCCGGAGAAGGGGUUUACCUACUGAAGUUUGAUAAUACAUACAGUUUGUGGAGGCGAAGUAAUGUUUAUAUUUUUAAAACACGAUAUUAUACAAGUGAAGUGGACGCUCAGAAGAAAAAUGGCCAAGUCACAACUAUGAAAGAUAAAACUGUGAUAACCACUAAUGUAAAAUUAAAAUCAUCUGAGUUAAAAAGGUUGUUCAGUUUAGCUGCUCCAGAGAAAUGGACACUUACGGGAGCGGUUGGUUUUCUUAUCAUAUCCUCAAGUGUGACUAUGGCUGUUCCAUUUUCCCUGGGAAAGGUUCUUGAUAUAAUAUAUGACACAACAAGUGACUUAGGAGCCGCCCGUGAGAAACUUGACUCACUUUGUCUGAUGCUGUGUGGAGUUUUUCUAUUGGGAGGGCUGUGCAACUUUGGAAGAGUUUAUUUGAUGUCAAUAUCGGGUCAAAGAAUGACACAAUCUCUCCGUAAGCAAGUCUUUGGAGCGAUAAUGAGACAAGAAACACAGUGGUUUGGAAAGAAUUCAACUGGAGAACUAGUGAAUAGAUUGUCAGCUGAUACACAGCUGGUAGGUCGGAACUUAAGUCAGAAUGUGAGCGAUGGGCUUCGAUCUUUGUUUAUGGUUGGAGCAGGAACCGGUAUGAUGUUCUACAUGUCACCAUCGCUAGCACUCAUAGGAUUAUGUGUUGUACCGCCUGUAUCAGUGUUGGCUGUGAUAUACGGACGUUUUGUGAGGAGUAUAACUAGACAAUUGCAGGACACCUUGGCUGAUACCAGUGAGCUAGCCGAAGAAAAGAUAUCAAAUAUAAAGACUGUGAAAGCGUUCAGCAAAGAACAAAAGGAAUGCGAGUCGUACGCGCAGAGAAUAGAGAAUUUAUUGAAGUUAGCUUACAAGGAGUCUUUGGCUGUGGGAAGCUUUUACGGAUUGACUGGCCUAUCUGGUAACACGAUAAUAAUUCUGGUGCUUUACUAUGGUGGUGGAAUGGUGGCCACAGAACAACUCACAGUAGGAAACCUCACUUCGUUCCUCCUCUACGCUGCUUAUGUGGGCAUCAGUAUAGGAGGUUUAAGUAGCUUCUACACUGAAAUGAAUAAGGGAAUUGGUGCUGCUACCCGGCUUUGGGAAAUUGUUGACCGGGAACCAACCAUACCUGUUACAGGAGGCCUAAGACCAGUGGAGCGACCAAAAGGCGAAAUCAUUCUCGACAACAUAACCUACAAUUACGGCGGUGCUCCAUUACUAAAAGGGCUUAAUUUACACCUUUUACCCGGGAAAUCCGUAGCGCUAGUGGGCAGAUCCGGGUGUGGAAAGAGUACGAUAGCAUCGCUGAUAUUAAGGCUGUAUGACCCGGGACAAGGCCGGAUAUUACUGGACGGAAUUGAUAUUAGGAAAUUGGACCCAGUCUGGUUAAGGAGCCAUAUUGGAUUUGUCAGUCAGGAACCGGUGCUGUUUACAGGAUCUAUAAAGGAGAAUAUACUUUAUGGGCUUGUUGAUGAUUUUGAACUGGACGAAAAUGAAAAGGAACCAGCGUGGCUGGUGGCUGCCCGUGCGGCACAAUUGCAAGAGCUAGCUAAUCUAAGCAAAUCUGGAUGGGAGAGGCAAGUCGGCGCUGGUGGGUCGGAACUGAGCGGAGGGCAAAAGCAGCGGGUAGCGAUUGCGCGGGCUAUAGUUAAGAAUCCAAAAAUCCUCAUCCUCGACGAAGCUACGUCAGCAUUAGACACAUAUUCGGAGUACUUAGUCGACAAAGCAUUAAAGGAAAUAAGUCGGGAACGAACCGUGUUGACCAUAGCUCACAGACUCAGUACGAUACAGUCUGCAGACGAAGUGGCAGUUAUAGGUAAUGGAGUCAUAGUAGAAAAGGGACCAUACAAAGAACUGAUGGACAAACCGAAUGGUUAUUUCAGGGAACUCAUAACUCAUCAAACAUUUAUGAAGCCGAAAGACAAAGCUAACAGUUAG